AGCUGAUAUUGGGCGGCUUUCACUGGGCAUGCGCAGUUCUCCCUCACACACUCACGCUGCGGGAACUAAAAGAAAGAAGGCGUCAGAACUGAAAACUAUGCCACCCCACGGAUUCGAACAUUAGUCCCAGUUUAUAUAAUAGAAGUUGAGUGAAAAUGUCUGAAGGAGAGUUGAGGUUUGAUCUACGACGCGAAGCGCAGGAUGAUGGUGGUUAUGAUUCGACCAAUGAGGAGGACGAGUAUUCAAAAGCAAGUAAGAAGGCCAGAUAUGAUCUUACUUCAAAAGGAAAAAGAGAUCCUCGUAGGAAGGCCAAGGGCAGUAAGGAAGUUCUACGUGUAGAAGCAAGUUUAGAGGAGGGAAGGAAGCAACGACAAGAUAUAAUUACUCUUACAGCCUUUGACAGACACAAGCAAUUAGUUAAUACAUAUCAGUUGUACUACAAGGGUGCCACGGAUACACUACAAAGAGAUACUUCUCGAGAUAAACGAGAUGCAGACGUUAUUAAGGAACAUCACCGGUUUCUAUGGAAGGAAGGAGAUGGAGAAGAUAGUUGGGAGGUUCAGCUUGCUCGAAGAUAUUAUGACAAGCUGUUCAAAGAAUACUGUAUUAUUGAUUUAUCAAGGUACAAAGAGAAUAAGUUUGGAAUGAGAUGGAGACUCGAAAAGGAAGUUGUUCUCGGUAAAGGACAGUUUGUCUGUGGCAAUAAGAAAUGUGACGAGGUUAAAAAAUUAAGAACAUGGGAGGUAAACUUUGCUUACGUCGAACAUGGAGAUAAAAAGAAUGCUUUAGUUAAAUGUCGCCUGUGUUUUGAGUGUUCAUACAAGCUUAACUAUCAUCACAAAAAGAAGGAAGUAACGCGAAAGAAGAAGCGAAGAAAGGAAAAGAAACCUAAGAAAGGGAAGAAAAGAAGAGAUAGUUCAAGCUCCUGUAGUUCUUCCGAGGAAGAAAGGAAGACUGAAGAAGAGAAAGCUGCCAAGAAGGCAGCUGAAGAAAAGGAUGCUGCAGAUAUAUGGAGCAAGCCUGUGCAAAGAGAGGAGGAAAAAUCUAGGGAGGAUGUUUUCAACGAAUAUUUAGAGGAUUUAUUUCUGUGAUAUUUCAGA